AUGGAAUCGAGGAUCAAUUCAUUUUCUAUUCUCAAUGUUUUGGAACUUCGAAGUGAUCCUUUGAGAUUGUAUUUGCAGGAUGAAGUGCAAGAGUACGAAUCCAACAUGAACGAUAUGCAAAAUGAGAUAAGGCAGAACGUGACCGAUCUCAUAAGCCAGUUGAGCGAGGUCCUGGAACAAUACUCCUCAAUAAUUGAUGACGAAGACCAGACGCGUAUAGAGAGGAGGAGCGCUCUGAGGAACCUUAGCAUCGAAUAUCCUGAGGCAUAUCCCGUCUUGGUGUUCGCUUUUAGCCAAUUCACUCCUGAGCCACAAGACGAUUCCGAUGAACGCCCAGAUUGGUCAGGAGAGUUCGAUCUUUGUAAUCCUCCUCCGCCUCCAGGACCGCAGAAUCCCUGUGAGCGCCCACUACCUCCUUACCUCAGAAAUCUUACUGAGGAAGCUCGUGAUGAGUAUUUGGCCAUUAUCUCGAACAGAACUGAGACGAUUGCACAGCAGAAAGAGGACAUUCUCACUUGGGCGCAGAAAUACGGAGUCGAGGAUGAAGUGCAAGAGUUCGAAUCCAACAUGAAUGAUAUGCAAAACGAGAUCAGGCAGAACGUGACCGAUCUCAUAAGUCAGUUGAGCGAGGUCCUGGAACAAUACUCCUCAAUAAUUGAUGNCGAAGACCAGACGCGUAUAGAGAGGAGGAGUGCUCUGAGGAACCUUAGCAUCGAAUAUCCUGAGGCAUAUCCCGUCUUGGUGUUCGCUUUUAGCCAGUUCAGACCUGGGCCAUUCGGAGGCGACGACAACAAUCCAGAUGGAAGCUCAGGGGAGUCACCACAAAACGAUUUCAAUGGACUACCUCCACCUCCACCACCAGGAGGAGGCGGCCCAGGUUGGUCAGGAGAAUUCAAUCCUUGUGAUUCUCCUCCGCCACCAGGACCAUGGAAUCCCUGUGGACGCCCUCCUCCACCAGGACCACGAAACCAUUGUCCACCACCUCCUCCACCCCCACCGGGAUCAUUUGAUAACUGUGGACCUCCUCGCCCAGGAGGAGAUCUGAUGGGACCAUGGGAUCCUCCUCCACCACCAGAUACUGGAUCUGGUGACGAUGAAUGGGAAGACUGA